AUGGUCAAGGUCACAGUACUAAUUGAGCAUCUCCCGACAGGAUUGUCUUUGGGCUUCCUCGGCCUGUUCUUCACGGCCGGUGCCGUCCUGUUGAUUUUCCUCACACUCCUUGGCGGCGCGAACAACCACACCCCUCUGAAUGAGAUCUGGUUCCUCCAGGCCGACACAGGCAAUAUCCCUGGUGCUCCGGCAACCUCACGUUGGACGUUCUGGAACGUCUGUUCGGUGAAUUCCGAUGGCAAGAGUGUCUGCGGUACCUCGCACCCCGACUACCCUUUCGACCCCCCAAGUCACCGCACCUUCAACACCACCGUCAAUGUGCCGCAUGAGUUUAUCGGGACAAACCACUACUUCCUGACGUCUCGAUUCAUGUUCCCCUUCAUCCUCAUUGGGCUUUUCUGGGCCGUGCUCUCUCUUUUCACUGGCCUGCUGGCCUUGUGCACGCGCAUUGGCAGCUAUUUAUCUGGGUUACUCGCAUGGCUCGCGCUAAUCUUCCAGCUUAUCACUACCUGCCUUAUGACCGCCGUUUUUGUUCAGGGUCGAAAUGCCUUUAAUCGCAACGGCCAGAGAGCCAGGCUGGGCUCCAAGGCUUUCGGCUUUAUGUGGACCGCGAGCUUCUGUCUAUUCCUCUCCUGCCUGCUGUACUGUCUCGGUGGCGCAGUCGGCCGCAAGGACAGUGGUUACAGUGGGCGCAAGGAGCGCAGCCGCGGCUUCUUCUCUUCUGCCCGCUCCAACAGCGUGAAGAGCCAAAAGAAGGAGCAGUCAUCCUUCCCCGCUUAA